AUGGCCAUGUCUAACGACCUUUCCAAUGACGAUUAUUUCCUCCAGAUGGAUGGAGGUGACCAGGAAUCGCUGCUGCGAUCUAGACACAGUGCAAAUUCGCAUGGACCACACAGACAGGGUUCUCUGGUGAGGCCCGAGAGGAAUCGACUAGAUAAUCCUAAUAAUCCGCAUUAUUACUAUGUGCAGAAGGCGCAGGAACAACAGGAUCAUCUGAAUGUACAACCCUCUACCACUGGUAUCACGCCGAGCAAUGUCAGACAUUCACAGGCGAGGGCUUCACUCAACUCUGUGGUUGAUGAUAUCACCGAUGGGUACCCCAUGGAAGAUAUGGGUCCUGAAAACCGCAAAUCAGAUGUUCAUCAAGAUAUUGAGGAUUUGGGUAAUGAUAACCAGACAAGAUUGGUACCUUCUAAUACUGCCACGAAACCACUGGGCAGCAAAACUAAAUCUGCGGAGACAAUCUCACUAUGGCGUUUAUACUGUUAUGUGAUUUCGUUUUGGGCUCCAGGUCCAUUACUGGCAUUGUGUGGUAUGCCAAAACCUGAAAGACAGAUGGCUUGGAGGGAAAAAAUUGGGUUAAUAUCGGUCAUCUUUUAUCUGGGGGCCUUUGUCGCAUAUUGGACGUUUGGUUUCACUAGUACAGCGUGCGGUAGCAGCGUUCUACGAUUGAAGAACAACGAGGUUUCUACAGGCUACAUGAUCAUUAACGGUAAAGCUUUUGCUUUGGACUCUUCGUCCCAUCCGGCUGCUGCAGGCAUCGACGCUGGGGCUAAUAUUUUGUACCCACCGAUCAAUGCAGGUGGAAUGGAUGGCUCUUUCCUGUUCCAAAAUGUCAAUGGAAAUUGCCUUGAUCUCAUUAAGCCAAAGGAUGACUGUUCUAUCCCUCAUGAUGACGAGGGAAAUCUAGCAUGGUACUUUCCUUGCAAGGUAUACAGUCAAGAUGGAUCCACUGCUCCAAACUUCACCAAAUCAGAAUACUACGAUGGUUGGGCCUGUCAUACUUCGGAAGCUGCUAGAAGUGCAUACUACAGUCUAGAGCCAGCAGCAGAUAUUUAUUUUACGUGGGACGAUAUCAAGAACAAUUCAAGAAAUUUGGUCGUUUACAAUGGUCAUGUCCUUGAUCUAGGCCUCUUGGACUGGCUGCAAACUGACGAUCUUGAUUAUCCACCUAUGUUUGACGAUUUGAGAACUUCUGCAUUUCAAGGUUACGAUUUAUCCAUUAUUUUAGCGAAUAGCUACGAGAAAAAAAUCGCCAGGUGUCUCACUGAGAUCAUUAAAGUGGGCGAAAUGGACUCAAAGACGGUGGGUUGCAUUGCAUCAGAUGUUGUGCUUUACGUGUCGUUGAUCUUCAUCCUUUCGGUUGUUGUUGCCAAGUUCUUGAUCGCAUGUUACUUCCGUUGGGCUGUUGCGAAAAAUCAAGGCGCUUUUCCUGUUGACAAUAAGACCAUGGAUCAACAGCUGAAUAGUAUUGAAGAUUGGUCGGAGAACAUCCAAACUAAUGGCCCAAUCAAACCUGUCGCUCCAGACCUAAGACCUGUUCAUCAACACUCAAGAAAUGACUCCAAGCUUAAUAUGCUAGCCAAACGUGGCUCAAAAAUGUUUCAGUUGAAUAAUAAUAGCGCUGAUAAUACCUUAUUGCCCGAUGGCACUAUGGGAGGGUUGACAACAAUGACUACUCAAAAUGCCUUUAGAGCGGCCAACGAGCGUAACUCUUUGCAUCUUGGUAACAUUUUUCCCUCUAAGAAUCACUCCGCACUUCUUUCGACCAAUUCGUUGAUGUUUAACGGCAAUCAGCUUACACCUACCCCUGGCGGAUCGUCAACACAGUCAUUAGAGUCUAGCAUCAUUCACCCUGAUGCCGUUCAGCAGCCACCUCUAGAUUUUGCACCAUAUGGUUUCCCAUUGAUUCAUACAAUAUGUUUUGUUACUUGCUACUCUGAAGAUGAAGAAGGGCUGAGAACAACCCUAGACUCAUUGUCCACAACUGACUACCCAAACAGUCACAAGUUGAUAAUGGUGGUCUGUGAUGGUAUGAUUAAGGGUUCCGGUAAUGAUAUUACAACACCUGAAAUAGCGCUAGGUAUGAUGGACGAUUUUGUUACAUCUCCGGAGGACGUGCAACCAUAUUCCUACGUGGCCGUUGCCUCUGGUUCCAAACGUCAUAAUAUGGCUAAGAUUUAUGCUGGAUUUUACAAAUAUAAUGACGACACCGUACCACCUGAGAAACAACAAAGGGUCCCAAUGAUAACCAUCGUCAAGUGUGGUACGGCAGAUGAGCAAGGAUCAGCCAAACCUGGUAAUAGAGGUAAGCGUGACUCUCAAGUUAUUCUCAUGUCGUUCUUACAGAGAAUGACCUUUGAUGAGAGAAUGUCAGAACUGGAAUUUCAACUUCUAAAGAAUAUUUGGCAAGUAACAGGUUUGAUGGCUGAUUUCUAUGAAACAGUUCUAAUGGUUGACGCCGAUACAAAGGUUUUCCCUGAUUCAUUGACUCAUAUGGUUGCAGAAAUGGUGAAAGACCCAUUGAUCAUGGGUCUAUGUGGCGAAACGAAAAUCGCUAACAAAGCUCAAUCAUGGGUGACAGCCAUACAAGUUUUUGAGUAUUACAUUUCCCAUCAUCAAGCCAAAGCUUUCGAAUCUGUGUUCGGUUCUGUUACCUGUUUACCUGGUUGUUUCUCGAUCUACCGUAUUAAAUCUCCAAAGGGGUCUGAUGGCUAUUGGGUACCAAUUUUAGCCAAUCCCGAUAUUGUGGAGCGUUAUUCUGACAACGUUACCAAUACAUUGCAUAAGAAAAACUUGUUGUUGUUGGGUGAAGAUAGAUACUUGUCUUCAUUAAUGUUAAGAACAUUCCCUAAGCGUAAACAGGUUUUUGUCCCUAAAGCUGCCUGUAAGACAAUAGUACCUGAUAAGUUCAAGGUCCUGUUGUCUCAACGUCGUCGUUGGAUCAAUUCUACAGUGCAUAAUUUAUUCGAGCUGGUACUAAUCAGAGAUCUGUGUGGUACAUUCUGCUUUUCAAUGCAGUUUGUCAUUGGCAUAGAAUUGGUUGGUACGUUAGUGUUACCUCUAGCAAUUUGCUUUACGAUUUAUGUCAUUAUCGUGGCCAUUGUAUCGAAGCCCACGCCAACAAUGACUUUGAUUUUACUUGCGAUCAUCUUAGGGCUGCCUGGGCUAAUUGUGGUUAUCACUGCUACGAGAUGGUCCUAUUUGAUGUGGAUGGCGAUAUAUAUUAUUGCCUUGCCCAUCUGGAAUGGUUUGUUGCCCACGUAUGCCUAUUGGAAGUUUGAUGAUUUUUCAUGGGGUGACACUAGAACGAUCGCCGGCGGCAAUAAAGGUGCACACGACGAUGUUGAAGGUGAGUUUGAUCACUCUAAGAUCAAGAUGAGAACUUGGAGGGAAUUUGAAAGAGAAGAUAAACUGAACAGACUGGCCACAGAUGAAGAAAGUAAUUCAAGAAUGUUUUAG